AUGGCCAUGGAAGGCCACCAAAACGCCCACAAAGCAGAGCGCGAAGCUGAAAAGCGGCAGGCUGAAACCGAGGAUGACAAUCCUCUUUCCAUGAGUACUGCAUCUUCAAUGGUCAAUCAAUUUUCAAAUCAAAUUUCAAAUCCUGAUGCUGAGGUUGUUGCGCUUUCUCCUGAAUCUCUUACGGCCAAGAACCGUUUUGUAUGUGAGCUGUGCGACAAGGGUUUUCCUCGGGAACAGAACUUGCAACUCCACAGGAGAGGGCACAAUUUGCCCUGGAAGCUUAAGAAAAAGACAGAUCAGGAGGUGCAGAAGGUUUACAUCUGCCCUCAAAUUGGUUGUGUCCAUCAUGAUCCAUCAAGGGCUCUCGGAGAUCUCACCGGAAUCAAGAAGCAGUUUGCUAGAAAACACAGUGAGAAGAAAUUCAAUUGCAGUAGAUGUCACAAGAGGUAUGCUGUGCUGUCUGACCUGAAAGUUCACAGCAAGACCUGUGGCACAAAGGAGUACAAGUGCGAGUGUGGAUUUAUCUUCUCUAGGUAA